ACUCACAACCACGCACCGUCACUUCCCACCUCCCUCUUCAUGGAGCUCCGCGGCCUCCACCGGGCCUCCGUCGACGGCAGCGAGGACAAUGGCCCCUUCUUCGACCUGGAGUUUGCCUCCGCUUUAGUCGAAGAGGAAGGUCUUCGAUGGAGCGAUAAUCAGAAAAGAAAUGCGGGGGCCGCGACACAGCUCGCCUUUUCCAGCAGUUGUAGUCUCCGUCGUGAUCUAGCACUCUCCUUCUCUGCCUCCCGAGGCCUAUGCUUUAAGGGACACCUUGUCACCGUCGACGCCUCUAAAUCAUCAUCGAAGCCCCAAGUUCCCGCGUUUCUUGUAAAACUCAGCGCAUUUAAGUUGUGGUUUCACCGGCGGUCGAAGUCGGCCUCGCUGGAGACGAACCCAGGAGGCUACCAUCGGCCCCCGUCGCUGUUCCCGGAACAGAGCAAUUUUUUGUUCAAGUUUAAGGUGGAGGAUGUGCCGCCGCGGGCGUCGCUAUUGGCAAAGGACAACAGCUGGAGGAGCUCCAGCAGGAGAUCCGCCACCGCCUCGCCGACGGGGUCAGACAAGAAGAAACUACCAAGCCCAAGCGACAUGCUCCAAAGGUAUCUGAGCAAAAUUAAGCCGCUUUAUAUGAGAAUUUCGAAGCGGUACGGCGAGAAGCUCCGGCAAUUCACUGUGGCUCCGAGCUCCAUCGGCGGAGAUGCAAAGGUGAGGCCCGGAGCCGGCGAGGGUGGGAGCAACCAGACUAAACAUCAGUCAUCCUUUGCACCUACCCGCUUGAGGAAGAGCCGGUCGACGUCGGUCACGGGGUCCGUCCGCUCGCCGUUGGCGACAGCUCAAAGACGGGACGACUCGUUUAUCGAGCAGCAAGACGGGAUCCAAAGCGCCAUUGCCCACUGCAAGCGUUCUUUUAACAGAGGUAACGAAGAGCUCGUUGCCGAUUGUGUCUCGGCGCUUGGUUUUACGACCGUUUCGCGCCCAGAUUCAACUCGGCGUGCAGGCUCCUUGCCGCUGCUGACGCGGUCGAGGAGCGAUCCCGGCGACGGGAGGUCGGCAGAAAGCACUUGCGGAUUUGUCUUGGAUGGAGUUAAAAAAAGAGGUCUCAAAGCUCCUUUAGCUUUUGCAAAAGCUGUCGUCCAGAUCUAUUUGUGUUUAGCGACAAAAACUGACGAGUAGUAUUUGUACUUGCUCAAGAUCCACCAAUUGUUGCCUGCUAUCUAUUUAUCAUUAAUUAGUUCGGCUCCUCUGUUCUGCCA